AUGGCUUCUGCGAUUGCCAACUACAAGGCUGAACACCGCUACUACCUUGACUGCGUAAACGCUUUGGAGACCCAAGCUGUAGGAAAACUCAACUUGAAAUUCAAAAAUUGUUUCGAGCAGCAAUUCUCAUUCGAACGCUUAAAGAUUGGAAUCUCGAUUGUUCGACUUCGAGCCAAAUAUUUGACACAUAACGACGUUCACUAUUGCAGCGAGGAUUACAUGAAGACUACAGUCUUUUUCUAUAAGUACGCACUGUUCUUCCACUAUCAACUCUUUGAACGAACCAAGCAACACAUUUACUUUGUGACUGGAUGCUAA